CAGCAGCGGCGGUCAGUCAGCUGUUAGAACGACUUUGUAUCUAUACUGUAUUAGUUUACGAACUGUCAAGUUGUUUUGUCUGUAAUGUCUAACUCGUACAAAUAUCAACAGACGAGCGUGUACGGAGUGUGUGAAGAAGAAACGUCAAAUUACAACGACUCUAAGUGCUUGUGUUUUUGGGAUUUUCUGAUUCCUUUCACCAGAUUUUGGGGCGUCUUUACUUCCGUCGUGUUGUGCGGGGUAGGAGUGGAUAUAACCAUACAUCAGCACUCCCUUGGGAUAUAUUUGGUGGCUGCCUCCUUCCUUGUGCUGCUCCUAGAAAUCACAUGGGCAAUCACAUUGUUCCUACAAGUAUGUAUAAGGAACGAAGACCACCCAGUGUUAAGGUGCUGGGAUGUUGUGCUCUGGUGCGGUCUGUGGAAAAGGUCCAUCCUCUACACCGCCAUCGCUGUCGUCCUCUUCCUGCGUCCUCACAGACUCUGGCUGUCUCUGGUGGCAGGAGUACAGCUGUCCAUGCUAGCAGCAUGCUAUUUACUGAUGAGUUGUCGUAGUCAAUGGUACAGACGAAACUCUGGUAGACUGCUGCUCAGCCAAACACCCAGUGUCGAGGAUAGCAGGAUGGAGGACGUCACAGAGAUCCUGGACGACUCCUUGCCAGGUCCUGUAACAGCUGACAACCUGUCACCUCUAGAUCAGGACAGCAUCCUGGACAUAUGACGCAAUACAUUCAUUUGAUUUUGUACAUUUGUAACGAUACAUAUUUAAUGUUUAAUAAACAAUAAAGCCUGUAUAUAUGUAUAUACUUUUGAAUUAAA